AUGGAUCCUUCGGAAACAAUGGACGUUGACGAAAUAAAAACAGAAAAAUCAGAGACUAAAUUACCGUUUUCCAUUGAAAAUUUAUUGGCAGACAAAUUCGAAAAACAGACUGAUUUUGUAAAUGAAGCCAAUGCGUCGACUAGUGGUGUGAAUUGUGAAUUAAAAAGCAGUUUUGUUAGUGAUGUGACUGAAAAUAUUGAUUCUGACGAUGAUGCUAGCAGCAACAGUUCGGAAAAUGUCGACGUUGAGAGUUCGACCGUCGGCGAUGCGCAGGAGUUCCUUGAUAUUAAAUCUACUGAUUAUCAACAAUCAGGAUCAUGUUCGUCACGAGGCAAGCGCGCGCGCACGGCAUUCAGCGCGCAGCAGAUCAAGAGCUUGGAGGCUGAGUUCGAGAAGAACAGAUACUUGUCCGUCGCAGCGAGGGGGAGGCUCGCCAGGCAGCUGAGGCUUACUGAGACACAGAUAAAAAUAUGGUUCCAAAACCGCCGAACGAAGUGGAAACGAAAAUACACAAACGACAUCGAACUCCUUGCUCAACAGUAUUACAGCAGCCUCGGAAUCGUGAGCCCUCGGCCCAUGUUCGUCGGCGAUCGCCUGUGGAUCUUCAACUACCCAAACAGGGUCCCACCAACACAGCAACAACAAUGGAUGAAAUCACUCAACACAAUGAACGCACAAAACCAAAUAAUAGACAGAACAAACAUGUUUCGAAAUCUACCAAAGCCAGAGGUCCCAUUUCUAAACCCUAGUGUGUAUCCGAACGAAAGAGUUUUCAUGGACCGCGGUUUGAGUUUGGCGGGAAAUGUCAAUGUCAAAAUGCCCGCCCAAAGUCGAAUUUUGCCGCGUGAAGUUUACAAUAAUAUGGCUCAAAGGAGUAUGGAUGUGUAUAAAAAUAAUAUUUUAAGCCAUAGCAGCCCACCGCAAGAGUCUAAUGUGGACCAUUUGAGAAGGUUAGAGGAGAAUUUCAGUAUUUAGUAAG